GUAUGGAGCUGCUCCAGGAGGACCAGUAUUCCAUGGUCAGACUCAAGAUCCUUUGUAUGGUUAUUUUGCUGCAGUAGCUGGACAGCUUAUUGCUUUACCUGACUUGGCAGUUGUUCAUAAUCUCUAACUGGCCUUGAGAGGGAUGCUUUGGAAGGAAAUCGUAUUCCUAAUUGAGCAGAUAGGCCUACUUUUCUGUUUUCAAAAGGAUGGACAAAUAGAUGCUGAUGAGCUGCAAAGAUGUCUGACCCAGUCAGGCAUAGCAGGAGGGUAUAAACCUUUCAACCUAGAGACGUGCAGGCUCAUGGUUUCUAUGCUGGAUAGAGAUAUGUCUGGUACAUUGGGAUUCAAUGAAUUUAAAGAGCUCUGGGCUGUGUUGAACGGGUGGAGACAACACUUCAUAAGUUUUGACAGUGACAGAAGUGGUACAGUGGAUCCUCAAGAACUGCAGAAAGCCUUGACAACUAUGGGAUUUAGGUUGAGCCCACAGGCAGUGACUGCAGUCGCAAAACGAUACAGCACCCAUGGGAAGAUUACAUUUGAUGAUUAUAUUGCCUGCUGUGUAAAACUCAGAGCUCUCACUGACAGUUUUCGAAGAAGGGAUACAGCCCAGCAGGGUGUUGUGAAUUUCCAGUAUGAUGAUUUCAUACAGUGUGUUAUGAGCAUCUAAUUGAAGAGGAAGGAAGAUGUGGAUGGGCAUGAUUAACAUUCCACUUUGUGUUUUGCUUUGCACUUAGUGAUCAUGGCUAUGUAACUAAAUAUUGGUAUUCUCCAUAUUUUAUAAAGAUACUGCUUCAUAUGUGAUUUUUUUUUAGUUUUGAUAAAUACAGAUGAACAAAAAUGGGUGUUUUAAAAACGAAAUACCAGCUCUCAUCCUUAAUCUUAUGGUUCUUUUUUUAAUUUUGCAUAAACUUGUAAAUCACCUUUUAUGUAUAACUUAAAUGAUGAUGUAAAACUUAAGGCUUUCUGUUGUGUGUUUACUUUCCCCUCUCAUGAGCUACUAAAAACAUUCAUCAGA